AUGUCAUCUCCGAAAACAAUUCGCUGGGGUAUUCUCGCAACGGGCGGUAUCGCCUUGACAUUUACCAAAGACCUUCUCGUUGACCCAAAUACACGCGGGGUCAGCCACCUCAAGCACACUGUCGUCGCUGCCGCAUCCUCUUCGUCGAAGUCGCGCGCCGAAGAGUUCUUGAAAGAGACAGGAAGCCCGUCAGACGCAAAGGCGUAUGGCUCGUACGAGGAGUUUGUCAAAGACCCCAAUAUCGAUGUUGUAUACAUCGCGACACCACAUUCGCAUCACUAUCAGAAUGCAAUGCUAUGCCUUGAGGCAGGGAAGAACGUGCUCUGUGAGAAGGCCUUCACUGUGAACGCUGCACAAGCGCGUGAGCUAGUCAAGAAGGCAAAGGAGAAGAACCUCCUUCUUGAUGGAGGCUUCUCCAUCUACGUCCGCGAGCAAAUCACCUCGGGUCGCAUUGGUCCUGUUGCACGUGUCAUAUCGGACAACAGCAUGGCCCUUGAUCCAGAGAAGAGCUACCCUGACGGCAAGAACCGCAUGGUCAAUCCUGAUCUUGCGGGUGGUGCUCUCCUUGAUCUUGGCAUUUACGCGCUUACGUGGAUCUUCCAGACUCUUUACCAUACCCAACCAGAGAAGGAUCGCCAGCCGCCAAAGCUGCUUGCCUUCAUCAAGAACUACGAAGCGACACAAAAGGCAGACGAACACAGCACCAUGAUCUUGAGCUUCCCUCGUUCGAAAGAGCUGGGUGGUGAAGCACAUGCCGUAGCUACAACCUCUCUACGUGUUGCAACCGCUCCUGGAGGCAAUAUGGAUACACCAUGUUGUCGCAUCCAGGGCCCCAAAGGCGAGAUACAGGUCUUUCCGCAUUCUUUCCGGCCCUUGAAGACUAAAAUCAUCGGCUCGGAUGGGAAGGUCGAGGAGAAAGACUGGCCGAUCCCAGGACCCGGACGAGGCAGUGGCUGGUACAACGGCUUCGGUAACUCAACACAGUCGGAGGGCGAAGGUCAGGGUAUGUUCUGGGAGGCGGACGAGGCUGCGGACGCCAUUCUGAACGGUAGGAAAGAAGGCAAGUUCCUAGGUCUAGACGAGAGUAUCCUGAUCAUGGAGGUCAUGGACGAAGUGAGGAAGCAGGGCGGACUGGUGUAUCCUGAGAACAUUGAGACGACAAAGUACCCCACUCAGUUGUAAGAGACCAGGAACAAUCAGACAUCGCACUAAAUGAAUCACCAUCUCCUCAUCUAUCAUCUCGAGUGUGUGAAACACUAUUCCUAUUUACUGCGUGCUACGAUCGGCAAGAAGUUGAAGGCUUUGUCAAGGUUCAUGUUGAGGGAACAUCGUGGACAAUAACAAAUGUCGACUUCGUACAUAUCUUCAUUCCGUUAGAUUGUAUCACUACCUAGAUUGUUCAGAACCAGGUGUUUCAUAGACGAAAUGGGAUACGCACGUAUCAC